UCUCAAAGAAAAAUGCGUUUAUGAUAAAACGCAGCACACCAAAUGAAGGCAGAUUGUUUCUUGACAUGGACCAACUACAUGAGGAUCAACCAAGCUACUCUGUAUAUGGUUGUAAGUUCUGUGCCAAUUUCUAUGGAAGCCAAUUAUCAUUGAAGGAUCACGUGUUGGAGGACCAUGGUUUAUAUUUGUGCGUAUUAUCAAGUUGUCGUAGCGCGUUUGGUACAAAGGAAUUGUUAAGCAAGCAUGAACAAAUAGCUCAUGUCAAUGUCGAUCAAGUUUGUGAAACUGUCAUAAUAUCUGAUGAUGAGAAUGAAGAGUUUGUUGACAAGUGGUUGGUUAGGAAGGUGUGGGAAUCUAAUGACAAAGUAGCUCAAUCGGUGAUUUGGAAAGGCAGAGAGAAACUUGUACAGGCAACUCAUGAGGGAUUACAGGAUCCAGAAACCCUCAAUAUUAUAUGUUCGGAAAUCAAAGCCUAUGCUACAAGAUGUUGUACUCGCAAGACAAGCACUGGCGAUUCUUACAAACAAUGCCCCGUUCUUAAUUGUAAUGUGCUAGGUGGCGGUCAAGAGCUGUAUCAUCAUUUCAUGACUCAGCACAAAUUAAUUAAGAUAUUUGAUUGGACGAAACGACGAAUGAAAAACUUGUUAAAACAGCGAGAUAUGAACAAAGAAAAGAAAUUAAAACAAAUCUCGAUGGUUGCCAAUGGAGAUCAAACAAACAUUAACAAGGUUUAUGAUGUCAUAAAAAAUAAUGAACCAAUUGUGACUCAACAAUCAAACACUGCUUGUGGUAACAGUGUUUGGGUGGGCGAAAAAAGUAAUGAUGUCACGCAAAAUACUGAUGAGGUCAUGCAUAAUAAUGCCGAUGUCAUUCAACAUUGUGAUGUCAUAAUCGAAGAAAGCGCUGAGGUCAUAAUUGAAGAAACUGCUGACAAUGACAUCGUUGUACAAAGUGUUUGUAAAAAAAAUGCUGGUGUCAUUCACAAAACUGCUGAUGUCAUUCACAAAAAUGCUGAUGUCAUUCAAAAAACUGCCGAGGUCAUUCAAAAAACUGCCGAGGUCAUUCACAAAAAUGCUGAUGUCGUUCAAAAAACUGCUGAUGUCGUUGCGGUUUGCAGAAGUGAAGUUAAAACAACAACAGAUACCGAAGAUAGUUUUCAAUCAAAGGCAACACUGUCGCAAAUCUUGUUGCGCAACACUGAAAAUGAAGGACCACCCACAUCUACCGAAGAUAUUGUCGCAUCAGAAGUUUCCAAUGAAAAGGUGGCGACUUUAAAAUGUUCCGUUUACAUUAACCAGAAUGAACAUGAACUGGCAAAUGCCCAUCUUCAGCAGCUAGUUCGAAUGAAGCAUCAUAACGCUACAGAUUGGAGAUUAGCGAAGUUACCACAUUCACCCCAACGUGAAGGACCUUGUGUUGUCAUUGAAAAACUUUGUCUUUCGUAAUUUGUGACGUUGCCACAGUAUCAUGUUUGGGCCAACUUUUUGUUUUUCGUGCUUUAUUUUCAAUUUUACGGUAGCUUGAUUUUGUGAUUUUAUUCUGCGCUUGGUUUUGUAAAUAACUUUCUCUGAAAAUACAAGCGAUGAUGAUGAUUGGAAA